AUGAAAGUUACAGAUUUGAUAAUUUUAUUAUUCAUUAGCAUUGUUUCAGCAUCAAAAUUAACUGAUAAAUUAUUUAAAGAAAAGAAUCAUAUUGUUAAUGGUGAGAGGAAUGCUUAUGUUUGUACCGCUGGUGUUGGAAUGAUGGCUGCUGGAGUAAUUGCUUAUGUUCUUGAUAAUAGAGAUUUUACAUUUGAAUCAUUUAGCAAAAUAAGUAAUGUUUAA